UGACACUCGAGUGCACAGAUUGACACUCGGGUGCACAGAGGCGAAGAGCCCAAAUCAAAAACACAUCACACAAACAAAACAGACAAACAGACACUAACAAAGCACAAACUACAAAACAACACAUACAAAACAACAUAACACAAAAAUAAAAGACACAUAACAAAAUAAAGCCCUUCCAGCCAGCAGCCGAAACCAACCGAACACAACUAGACGCCGACCACCCACACAGACAAGACCCGGUCCAAGUCGCAAGCCAGAAACUGCAGAACCUCGUUCGCCUAACUUGACUCGAGAUUGAAAAACCAUGGCCCUCCCGAGUGGACAACCACAACACCCGAGCCCGGAGAUCAAUAAACAAGCUCCACCUUCACAACCCCGAAGAUCCGAGACCGAGACACAAGACCCAGCCCCAACUUAACUCCGCCAAUGAAACCAACAAACACAAAAGCAGAGAAAUUCGGAGAAGGAAGGAAAGCGAAACGGCCCAAUCUCAGCCCGACCACCCCUUGUUACCAAAUUGAUGAUCGGAACCGCAGCCCAUGGUCUAAAGCUUACCGGAAAAGCACCGCUGCUCAUACUCUGAGAAGCCGCCGAGGCGAGAUCCAAAAUGGGUUGACCCGCCGGCUCACCCGGGAAGAGGAAGCCGCCCAUCCAACAAGCAUUCGAACGUCGGCCGCACGGCCCAGAGAUGCCGCCGCCCCGAUGGCCCGGAGGCCCCUGCUGGAGGAAGGCAACUGGAUCUGGUUUUUUUAGCUUUUUAGAGAGAGGUAGAGGUAGAGAGAGGCGAGAGGAUGAUAUCAAUGAUUAACAUCGUGUUUUUCUUUUUUUUGGCUUAUGUCAAGUAUGUUAGCAUUAUUCAGUAUAUUGUUAUUUUUUGCCAGAAAUGGG